AUGGCAAACUCUUGCCUCCAACUGUGCGGCUUUCUCCUGAGCAGCCUGGGCUGGCUCGGGAUUGUGAUCGCUACGUCCACGAAUGACUGGGUGACGAUGUGUAAGUACGGCGUGACCACCUGUAAGAAGCUAGAUGAGCUGCAGUCCAAGGGACCCUGGGAGGAGUGUGUCAUCUCCACAGCACUCUACCACUGUGUCUCCUAUACACAGAUCCUGGAGCUGCCAGCCUACAUCCAGACCACUCGAGCCCUAAUGAUCCUAGGGUCUAUCCUGGGUCUCCCUGCGGUGAUUCUCCUUCUCAUGUCUAUGCCCUGCAUCAGCAUUGGAAAUGACGCGCAGAGCGCCAAGAACAAACGGGCCAUCCUGGGAGGCGUGCUGAUGGUUGUUGUUGCAUUGUGCGCUUUGGUGCCAACCAUCUGGUUCCCGAUCGGUGCCAACCAAGAGCUCGGCCUCAUGUCUUUCGGCUUCUCCCUCUACGCCGGAUGGGUGGGCACCGUUUUCUGCCUGCUGGGCGGAGUGAUGCUCAUGUGCUCGUCGGACUCCUCCACCUCCUCUCCACGCAGCUACCAGGACAACAACCACUAUUACUACUCCAAACAUGGAGGUGGCAACCUGCCAGCAGCCUCCUCCAACCAUCAUGCCAAAAGUGCCCACGUCUAAGGUUGGAGAUCCCGUUGGGUCCCAUGGGGAUUCUUGUACAUAGAGACAUUUGCACAAAAGGCAAACAUUUAUGACGUCCAUGUUUUACCGUACGAUGUGAAGGAAUAUAGACGCGAACAACACAGAGAUAGAACAUUUAAUUACAGUUUGAUCCUUGUUUUUGUCCUAAAUGCCAAUUUUCCAACCUCCACACAAAGAGGUGUGGUGUGGACUCGCCCCACUGUUACAUAAAUGUACAAUCUCAUAAUACAAAGGCUUGUUUAAUGAGAACCCUGAUUCUCAUUAAACAAGCCUUGGAAUCUCAUCAGUGUCUUUUUCACUGAGUACAAUUUUAAACCUGUUUAAUACUUUUGUUUUGAUCAAAUAUGGGUGUGGUUGUGUUAAAUUUUUUUUUAAGCUAAAUUGUUCUUUUUUCUUUUUUCUGUACAUGGAUAUUUUGGACAGUAUUACUAACUCCUGAGUGAUGGACUUGAUUAAAACGGUUUAUCACUGCGUUCAGCUAAACUGAACAUGGACCCUGACGUGAAGGUUUACCAAGCAGUGUUUAUAUCUCUGUAAAAGAAUCGGAAUUUACAGAGUAAAUGUAUUUUUUUGUUUGUUUUAACGGUCAACAAAGAGCAAAAAUUAAAUGUCACGUUUUAGAUAUACACUCUUUAUUUUUAUUUUUUUUUUUACUAAUUUUGUUGUUUUAGGUUUAAUGAACACUUGUUUGACAUAAACACAUGCGGCAUUAAAACAUUUCUUAACCACACGUCCUAGUGUCGAGCAGCUAUUUCUGUUUUGCAGGCAUGUUAAAAAACAAUAGUUGUAGCAAUUAGCUUAUUUCUUAAAACUGUUGCAGCAAUGGAUGUGAUUUCGGAAUGGAACUACAUCACUAAAGCAUAACAACUAAGUUCCUAAAUUGUUAAAAUUGGAGGCUCCUUCCAGUCUCUUUUAAAGACAAACCAGAUUUGUGAAUACUAAACAACACAAAACACUAACUCUACCAGAAUGUGUCUUUGGAUCAGUUUUUCAGGUUCUAAGCCCAGAUAAAGAAAGAGGACUGAAAUUUAGUUGGAUGUACAAAAUGGAUAAAUAGAUACUCAAAAAUCAUUUCAACCCACAAAGACUUGUUCCCAUGGGGAUUUUAAAAUCAGUGUUUUCAACUCACUCUUUGGUAGUUUCAACAUUAGAUGUCACUUUUUUAUUUAUUUAUUUACAUUUUUUUGUGUUUAGAAUCUAACCCAAUGUGCUAGCUAAAACCCAGAGUCCAACCCUGUGUUAAAUCAAACCAGGUCUGCUUCUAUUUGCAGACUAGUUUCUUCUGAACUCAGCAAUUUUUAAGAGUGCAAUUUUCUCAUCUUCGGUUUUCUGAUGUGAUGGGUUUUUUUAUCUCACUCGUCAUGUUUUAAAUAGUAAUAAAAAUUUGUUUGCAUAUGGAAAAUCCCGCACGCAUUGAGAUAAGCGGCAAUGCGCCUCGCGAUGACGCCAUACGAUUUCCGCUGCAGAUCGGUGACUCAGAUUGACUGUCUUAGCAUAUCGGAGUCUUUGUGCGAACAACAUUAGCAAUUUGUAUCCAAGCUAAAACAAGAAAAGAUGGUGUAUUUCUGUAAUCUUUGUGACCUUGACUGAGAUAAGCACAGAAGAAUCUGUCCCACAGACUCAGCCUCCCAGUCUCUUCUGGUAACCACACACACACACACACACACCCCCACAUGCACAGUGGGUGAUAACUGUGCCCAAUGCGUGUACUCCUUUGCCUAAAUCAAGGUCGCUGAGUCACUGCACAGAUGAGAACAUCGUGUGAUUUCUCUUUGUCGUCAGCUUAUCUUUAAACAGAUACAAACGCGCGCACACAUCACUGAUCUUCACUCAGUUACUGUUUCAUUUUUACUUCUUCUGUGAUUUCCUGGCAUGUCUGUGAUUUCCUGGCAUGUCUGUGACUGCAGGUGUGUCAUCACAGCCGAGCGUGUGUUCCCUGUAAAGGGAAGCCAUUCCUGGUACAGAGCCAUCGACUUCACAAGAGACAGAUGGAAGAAUCCUGAGCAAAUGCGUUGUCCUGUGUUGAUGAAAUAAUAAUAUUUAAUACAACUAUGAUUAAACACAUAGCAAAACUCCCCAGCUCUUUAUGCUUAAUUAAUUUUCUGCUCAAGUUUCUAGGAUCCAUAAGCAGUUGGUUAACUAUAUUGCAUCGGGAACCACUGCUAAUCUCCUCUUGAUUUCGAAAUUAAUUAGAGGUACAAAAAUUAGACUUUUUAAGAAUUGCAGUAAGAGGCCCAAUCAAAACAGAGUAAAAGUGACCUCUUUUUGUGCUCUGUGUAAUUUUGCUAUUACAGUUGAAGAAAAUGGCUCCCACAGCAUGAUGCCACCACCUCUUUGUUUCAUGGAGAGACUUGUUUUCCUUCACAUAUACUGUAGAGUUAUUCAUGUAAGAUAAGUAAAAUUUACAUCCCAUCUGCCCAGAUUACCUUCUUUCACAUGUUUGGUGAGUUUCCCACCUGAUUUGACAGCCUUUGCUUUCAUUCAACUGUGAGGUUUUCUUGCCAAUUACCCGUAAUGGCCAGACUUGUCCUCAAAUUAUAUAUUAAGUUGUGAGUUAUAUAAUAGCUUCUUAGCUGUUCUUACGUGUUAAUUUAGGCGAGUCGCACAUUUCCUUAAGAUUUAUGUUUUUUUCAAUUAUUCUUCCAUAUUCUGAUAAUAGACUGAGCACUCCUUCUUGAGAGAUUCAAAACUUAUAAUAAGGUUUAAUAUCCUGACUUUGCCUCAAAAUCUGCCACCGUCUCCUGGAAAUCAGAAAGAGUUUUUUGGGGUUUUUUUUUUACCCCACCCAUAGCUCCUGUUGAGUUUGUUUUGCAAAAAUAAAAUAAAAUAAAAUAAAAAAAUCCUGAGGAUCAUUACUGACUGCCAUCUUGCUCUCCUUUACUUUGGUCAUGCAGACCUGAACAUGUUUUGACAUAGAAUGCUUGUAUGAAAGAACCAAAACAGUGCAAAAAAGCUAACAAUCCAAAGGCAAUGUUAGAAGUCUUGUUAGAAAUCCCUCUUCAAAUUCAGCAUGUGAAUUUGAAGAGUUAAAAUAAGGAUUGGUAGAAAAAAGUAACUAUAGAUUUUUGUCUCACUCGUCAUGCAAACAUGACAUAAUCUGGCUACUAGAAAAAACGGUAACCCUACAUGAACUAAAACAGGAAAAUAUUUGUCUGAAUGAACAUCAGUAAUAAUUAAUUGAUAAUUAACAGUGAUAAUUGCCGUUUUGUACAGUGCAUGCAAGCAUCUGGUUUUUCACUGUAUGCAAGACUGAAAGUGUGUGCACUUUAUAUUCGGUGACUGCAUGUCUCUAUUUAUUGCAUAUGUUAAUAAAUGAACAAACCUCUGUUUAAUCUUUUCAAUAAAUAACUUUUCAUUAAUACAUGGAAGCAAUAUAAACAGUUCAGAAAAAAAA